AAAAAAAUCAAUCUUUAUUUUAAUUUAUCAUCCCGCAAAUUUGGUAAAAAACAAAAUAAAAAUAAAUGUAUAUACGUAAUCAUUGCUCUACGCUUUGUAUUAUCCAUUGCUUUUGUUCAGUAUUCACUUAUUCACCACUGAAUAAUUCUUUCACUUUCUGGACAGUCUAUACACUUCUUCAGUUGGAUCUCGAACUUGACUUCGUUUUUUGAUCUUCGGUACUCAAAUUGCGUAAUUAGAUCUCGCAGGAAUUUCAAAGAGCCUUAGCAUGGAGUGCUCAAUCAAGGAUGACGUGACUCAAUUGAUAGGUGACACCCCAAUGGUGUAUCUGAACACUAUCGUGGAUGGCUGUGUUGCUCGUAUCGCGGCUAAGCUUGAGAUGAUGGAGCCUUGCUCUAGUGUCAAGGACCGACUUGCUUAUGGUAUGAUUAAAGACGCAGAAGACAAGGGAUUGAUUACUCCAGGGAAGAGCAUAUUGAUUGAGUACACAUCUGGUAACACCGGGAUUGGUUUAGCCUUCAUCGGGGCAGCAAGAGGUUACAAAGUUGUGCUCACAAUGCCUUCAUCAGUGAGCCUUGAGAGAAGAAUCACUCUUUUAGCAUUAGGUGCAGAGGUUCACCUCACAGAUCCGAGCAAAGGCGUUAAAGGAUUACUCGACAAAGCUGCUGAGAUGUUAAGCAAAACUCCAGGUGGUAUCAUGCUGGAUCAGUUCAUAAAUCCUUCAAACCCACAAACUUACUACGAAACCAUGGGUCCAGAGAUAUGGAGAGACUCUGCAGGGGAAGUGGAUAUAUUGGUUGCGGGUGUUGGGACUGGUGGAACGAUUUCAGGAGCGGGUAAGUUCCUCAAGGAGAAGAAGAAAGACGUUAAGGUUUAUGCGGUGGAACCUACAGAAAGUGCAGUACUCAGUGGAGGCGAACCGGGUUCGCAUCUUAUCCAAGGUAUUGGGGCUGGAAUCAUCCCAGACAAUUUGGAUUUCAGCGUUCUUGAAGGAGUCAUUCAGGUGACAAGUGUGGAAGCAAUUGAAACAGCCAAACUUCUCGCCCUGAGAGAAGGGUUGCUGGUGGGAAUAUCUUCCGGAGCUGCUGCAGCCGCUGCGAUAAAGGUGGCAAAACGGCCAGAAAACGCCGGGAAGCUCAUUGUUGUGGUUUUCCCCAGUGGCGGGGAACGUUACUUAUCGACUAAAUUGUUCGACUCGGUCCGAUGUGAAGCAGAGAAUUUGCCUAUUGAAUAAGCCUUUUCUUGUUUGGUUUUUGUAAUUGAAUGUCACUUAUAUAUAUACUACCUGACUCGAUUCGGUUUUAUAAAAGUACUAAGAUACCGGUUCGAGUGACAUUUACAUUUCGUAAACUCCAAAACUUGAGUUUGACAUUCUAUGGUUUUCGUUUCCUGGGUUUAAAACUUUUUUCAAUUUUUUUGUCAAGC